GAUGCGCUGACCUUGCGGCUGGCUGCCGGGCGCCCCGCCGCCGCGCCAUGGGCACGGUUCCGUCGGCGCUGAAGCACUGCCUCAGCUACCAGCACCUCCUCAAGGAGCAGCUGUGGAUCGGCGAGCCGGCGGCGGCGGCUCUGCACCCCGGGCAGGAAUCUAAAACAUCUGGACUGCCUGAGUAUGUAAAGAUAGUAGAAGUUGGGCCAAGGGAUGGCUUACAAAAUGAAAAGGUCAUAGUCCCAACUGAUAUCAAAAUUGAGUUAAUCAACCGGCUUUCCAAAACAGGCCUGCCUGCAAUAGAAGUGACCAGUUUUGUUUCAUCCAAAUGGGUGCCUCAGAUGGCAGAUCACAAAGAAGUAAUGAGAGGCAUUGAGCGGCAUCCUGGAGUCCAGUAUCCUGUUCUCACGCCUAAUCUUCAAGGUUUUCAUUCUGCUAUUGCAGCAGGAGCUACAGAAGUCUCAGUAUUUGGUGCAGCAUCUGAAUCUUUUAGCAAAAUGAAUAUUAAUUGUUCAAUUGAAGAAAGCAUAGACAAAUUUGAAGAAGUUGCUAAAGCAGCAAGAAAUAUGAAUAUUCCAGUGCGUGGGUAUGUGUCAUGUGCACUGGGAUGCCCAUAUGAAGGAAACAUCACACCAGCUAAAGUGGCAGAAGUGUCCAAACGGCUGUACAGUAUGGGCUGUUACGAAAUAUCUCUGGGAGACACAAUUGGUGUGGGGACUCCUGGAAGUGUGAAAAGAAUGUUGGAAGCUGUUAUGAAAGAAAUUCCUCUGAAUGCUCUUGCUGUUCACUGUCAUGACACGUAUGGCCAGGCGUUAGCCAAUAUCCUCACAGCCAUACAGAUGGGGGUUGCUGUUGUGGAUUCAUCUGUUGCAGGAUUGGGUGGUUGUCCCUAUGCAAAAGGUGCUACUGGAAAUGUGGCCACAGAGGAUGUGAUAUACAUGCUUAAUGGUUUGGGGAUCAAUACAGUAAGAUAUCUUCACUUUCUACCUUUUGAAACUGGAGUAAAUCUUUACACAGUGAUGGAAGCCGGGAAUUUCAUCUGUAUGGCUUUGAACAAGAAAACAAACUCAAAGGUUGCACAAGCUUCCUUCAGUACUGGAACCAUCAAUUAAAUGAAAUAUUUUUUACAAAUUUAUUUCAUUUGUCAUAGACCUUGACCAAGGCCAUUUAUAUUAAGAAAACAAAUUCAAGAAAACCAUUUCAGUAGAAAACCAAAAUAGAAGCCAGAUAUAACUUCUUAUUAUGGGAAGGGUUGCUGUAAUCUAGUGUCUUGUCAAGCACUGUCUGAUUUGCAAGUAAGAAAUAAAUGACUGUAUUGCAGAACCAUAUGCUUUGUACUUCUACAGAUGAGAAAAUGUAUACACACCAGGACAUUUUACUGUGUAUUUAAGUUAAAAGUAAGUUCUUUUUAGAAAAAUUGGUUAGAAGCCGAGAAUACAUAGUUAAUUUUUAUCAAGAUGACUUUAGAACAGUACAAAUAUUUGCAGUAGUUUAUGAGAUCCCACAUUGUGUGUGGCCUUUCUAUUGUGUAUUUUAUUUAUCUGGACCUAUAUUUUUCAUUUGUCAAGUCAGUUGUGUUAUGAACAUGAAGCCAAAUUCACCAUAAGAAAUUUUUAGCAAUAGCACUUUUAUAUUUUUAUUUUGUUUAACAUCUGUUAAAUAUAUAGAUGACUUUCUCUUGGUUCCAGGACUUUGUGGUGAAUGGCAGCCUGCCAGAUCCUCCAAAUCUAAUGCAAAUUUCCUUAUUUGUUACAUAUGUUAAAUUUGUUGUAGUUGCCUUUUUCGUCAACUGUGUUAAAACUUGAUUAUCUGAAGCAACUAAAAAAUAGCAAGGUUUUCAGCCAUUGUUCAGCACAGUAGUAAUAUAGAACAGACUAGAUUUUUGUCCAAAAUCUUAUCAAACAUUUUGACUUUUCAUUUUAUAAUCUAUGAAUUGAUAUUCUCACUUAUCAUAAAUUGCGAAUUUUUGAGCAUGAUAAUACUCUACUGGACUAGCUUACACAGAGAGAACCAUCUACAGGUUUUCUCUGUAGUCUUGUGGUAGAGGUGCUGUAACUUUUAAAUGUCCUGGUUCAGCUGGAUGGUAGUGAACUGUGUUGUCAUUUGUAGAUCAAUAAUGGACAAAUUCAAAGAAGAGUCUUACCAUCUCUAAAAACUUCAAAUAUUCCAUGAAAAUAUUUUCAUUUUUCAGCCUGAAACCUGAGUACUGUUAUUGAUUGUUUGUGCAGUAUUCUUCGGUAAUUCUCUGUGUGCUUAAUUUUAAUCUAUAGUUCUUCUGAAAAGUACCUGUUGACGUAGAAGUCCAAAACCCUGGACUAUGACCUUUUUCCAUAUACUCCAUUUUUCUCUGAAAUAUGAAAGCUUGGAAAAGAUAAGAUGAAAGAAAAUGAAAGAUAACAUGUAAAGAAGGAAAAGGCUGGAUCAUAGUUGUCUGGAACUCAGUCUGCCAAGUUACAACUGAGUCUUAGCUUGCCUUUGAAAUUCCCUAGUGAACCUUUCCUGAGGUUCCUUGGCAUAGCUUAAGAAAGUCAAACUUGGCGUGCCAUGUAGCUUAAAGAUAGAAAUUUAAUACAGUCCAUGUUUAUGCUGUGAUGAUAGUGAAAACCAAUAUAAACUACGUUGUUGUCACUGUGGCCUUUGUAUCAAAUGUGAACUUUAAUGUAACUGUGUCUUGAGCCAUCCAUAGGAUUGAAAAUUCUGUAAUGGAUUAAAUCCAGUAAAGUAAGGAACGUGCAGCGGUACUUAGGGUGUACUUAGUCCAGUAAUUAGUAGUUAAGCCUGAUUGAGAUGCCAGAAUUGACGUCUCAAGACACUCUAAUUCAGAUGCCAUUUUCCCCUGAAGGUGCCUAAUCACACUAUAACACUUCUGUUUAUAAUACAAUUUCCUCUUCAGUUUGCUUCUGUGCAUGCAAAAAUUAGGUCAGAUUGAGAUAAAGUAUCCAUUGCACAGGUAAGGUCUGAGGAGCAUUCUUCCAUCCAAGAUCCUAGGAGCAUGUUUAAUCCACAUGAGCAGGAAGACUGAGUUUCUCAAACAAAGUAAAUUUUUCUUAGAAGAAAGUAGUUGUGGUGCAUCCCACCUUGUAAAUAUUAGCCUGACUGUUGUAUUAAACAAUUGAAGAUCUGAGGUCAGCUUGCUACUCAACCUGCAGGUGUUUAAAUACACAUUUUUUUGGUAUCAUAAUUAAUGGAUCUAACCAUUAAGUUACAUUAGAACUGAAAAAAAAAUACACUUUCCAGUAAACCUAGUUAAAGUUGUGCCACUCUAUAGGACAGAAUUAAAAACUGCUGAGACCAGAAAGUCUACUGAGUUACAGUAAUCCAGGGUGGAGAUCACAGAUAGUUUGUCAAGAUCAUUAUAAAGGAGGAAGAAACAUGAGAAAAAGAAUCUCUGUAACAGAUAAGAGUUUUGUCCUGGAAGAUGUUGGUGAGCUGAAUAAAUAUUGUCUACUUUUUUUAGUAAGUAUUCUAACUGCAACAUUUUCAGUAAAAGUGAAUGUUACACUACCACCCAACUUUCACUUUGGAAUAAGAGAAUUAACUCUGCUCAGUUCUUUGAGAGAGGAGUUCAACGUGUCUGUAUCCUAAUCUACCAUGAAGGAUUCCUAACUUUGGCUCUAGGGGACCCUUAAACUCUGGAGAAGUUUUCAGAUGUAUCUCUGUGAAUGCCAUAUCAUAGGCUUCUUAGCGUCUGGGCUGUCCAUUUUACCGUUCUAAGGCUUCCUGAUUCUCCAUCCUUCUGAUUCUCUGAAACUGGAUGCCUACUUCAUCAUCGAGAUGAACAACUUAAAACGCCUCAGUUCUUUAUUGAGUCUAUUCUAGAAACUACUUGAGAGCUUGUGGAGAGACUUAGGUUCAAGUCCGUUGUUCUGUAAGGAUGUGAGCAGAAGAAAAGAUGAACAGUCACAUCUGGAUCCCGUACUUUACGCUCACAUUCAGCUUCAAUCACAUAGUGAGUUACAGUAAUCCAGGGUGGAGAUCACAGAUAGUUUGUCAAGAUCAUUGCAAAGGAGGAAGAAACAUAGAGUCAGCUUCAAAAAAACAUUUAUGUGCCAAAAGUGCCACCUGGGAUGAAUUUAGGUCUGCGGGUCCAGGUGAGUAAUCUCCACAAAAUCCUUCUUUACUUGUAACGUGGCUAGGAGUUGUUAGACGUCUCAUGUUCUCAUUACUAAAUUUUGUUAGGCAUGUAAAGUUCUAUGGCUCUGCCUUCCUGAACUGACGUUGUUUUGUCUAUACUAAGCAUUUUAACAACUAAUUUUUGGCUUCACAAAAUAGACGUAUACUGACCUUUAGCAUCAGAGCCUAAUCCAGUAGUUGUGGCAUGAGCACGCAUUGUACACAUUGGCAGCGGUGAGCUGAGCAUGCGGUAAAGCAGUUGAGACUAUAUCUGUUCCAAAGCAUGGCCAGAACUAUAUUGAUGGUGCCAUUGGUCUCCCAUGCUUCUGACCUUUUAAAACUUUUUGUUUAUCUUCAGAGUGACCCACAGUGAGUAGUUCCUGUUCUCUCAGACCCUCUCAGUGUCCCACAACGAGAAUAUUGUUUUUACUUCAUCCUGAAGGUGAGCUUUAGUUUUCUCUGGCUCACACUAUGGGAAUGUGGGCACAUGAUGCCUCCCUGCUUAUUUUGCUGUGGUCACAUAUAAAUGCUGGAAAGGGGGUAGCAUAGACCAGGAGAACCUGCAGAGGAGAGAAAGAGUAGUCACUGAUUGUUUUGUGUGAGUCUUAUUAGUGAGAAAUUAUUAGAUGCAAGAGGAUACUUCAGUGCUUUGAAGAUUGUUUUGUCUGCAGUUCACUGUAUCAAAGUCACUAUAGAGCUCUGACAGAACAGCAUGGAGAUUGUCUUACUUGUGCCAUGGCCGUGGAGAUAGUAAACUGGAGUUGCCAGAGCAGACUUUGGUCUGUGCCCUGGUCUGAACCUGUGCAGCAUCCACAAUAACUGACCAAUGUCACAUUUACUGGAACUUUCUCUAAUAAUUUCAUAAUAGUUUUUUCCCCAUGCUGCAGGCGAUACUUAGAAGGUCAAAUACUGGCUUCUUUAGCUGGGCAAGAUACUGUAGUUUUUCAAAGGCUUUUUUGGCAAAGAAGUUGAUUAGUUCCAUUAGCGAUGAGAAUAAUUGUUCUUCAGUGCCUUUCACAGGACAGCAGUGACAUGGAUCCUUUACAUGGAUAGCGCUAAUGUCUUCCAGUAGCCACUUGCUUUGUAGUUUAAACUUUUACAUUAUGGCAACUUGGCUCUGGACCAGCAAUUUAAUGUUUCAUUUUCAUGUAUAACCAGGGUUUAUGGGAAUAAGAAGUGAAUAUUCUGAUCUUGUGAAUAAGUCCAGAGAGGCUUCGGUUAAUUUUCCUUUCUUAAUAGCGUCAUUUGAGUGCAUAAAACUUUUAUUAUUGUAAUAAGGAGCCACUGAAUGAAGACUGCAAGACUGUGAGGUAAAUUCCUGUGUUUGGGAUCAAUGCUGUUGAAAGGAAGUAAUACUUGUCCAAAGAGUGAAUGUGUAUGUAUAAGAUCUACCUGUUAAUAGAGUUAUUUUCAAGGUCCAGAAAUACCGUUUAAUUACUAUGUUAAAUACCUGAAAAUGAGGAUUCUCUGACACUCAGUUUUUGUAUGAUUUCUCAGACUGCCUUAAGUUCUCUUUAAAAAAAGAGAGUAAUAUUUGUCUUGUUCACAUAACAUCGAUAAUUAGUGUUAGGGAAGAUACCUGAAGUGUCUGAAGAACUGAAUAAAUAGAAAAAUCAGUAUGGAAAACUGAAUGAAAGAUGACAUUUGUUUUCCAAUUCUUGACUUGCUGAUAAAUGCUUUUCUUUUGUCGUGUUUCAUUUUUGAAGAUCAUUUUUCUCUGCAGGCCUCCUCUAACACAGUGUUGGUCUUCAUUGCUACAGCAUGUAAAAGGACUAAAGACAAAGCCAACGUAGUGCUUCGAAUCAGAUGUCAAAGCAAGGAUUUUUUUUGUUAAGAAAUUGUCACCUACCCUUUUGGUUAAAUACAUUGGUGAUUUUGCAAUGUGUGAUGUUAAAGAUGAAAUAAAAUGUAUCUCAGUG